AUGUCGGCCUCACGAUCCACCAGCAUCUCCGUGGCCCCUCGGGGCCCACGGCCUCCUGUUGGUCGCCUUGCAAGCCUGAAGCCUCCGAGCUCGACCCCAAUCCGACGACCUCAGCCGGCUGGCCGCCCGCAGCCAACACGCCCAACCACCCACCCCAAGACUCAGAGCUGUCCAAACCCGGGGUGCCCUGCUCCACACAUUGUUGAGGAUGAAGGCCAGAAAGUCUGCUCGGGAUGCGGUACUGUCAUCAGUGAGUCGAACAUUGUCUCCGAGGUAACAUUCGGUGAGACCUCAGCUGGUGCCGCCGUUGUGCAGGGUUCCUUUGUCGGUUCAGAUCAGACCCAUGUCCGGAGUUUUGGCCCUGGCUUUCAGCGUGGCGGUGGCAUGGAAAGUCGAGAGGUCACCGAGCAAGCUGGUAAUCGAUACAUCCUGCAACUGGCGCGGAGUCUCAAUAUCCCCGAAAGUGCAAGCAAGGCUGCUGGUCAGGUCUUCAAGCUUGCAGUUGGUCUCAAUUUUAUCCAAGGUCGCCGCACUAAACACGUUGCUGCAGUGGCUCUUUACAUCGCCUGUCGUCGUCAGGAUGGCAAUACCGCGAUGCUUAUCGAUUUUGCCGACGUUCUGAUGGUCAAUGUCUUCAAACUUGGUCGCACAUACAAGGCGCUUCUUGACGAACUGCGCUUGGGAGGAAACGUCUUUUUGAUGAAUCCAAUAGACCCGGAAAGCUUGAUUUACCGGUUUGCGAAGCAACUUGAAUUUGGCCCUGCAACGAUGCAAGUGGCUGGCGAGGCAGUCCGCAUUAUUCAACGCAUGAAUCGUGACUGGAUGUCUACCGGUCGACGGCCGGCGGGUCUUUGUGGUGCAGCCUUGAUCCUGGCCGCGCGGAUGAACAACUUUCGGCGGACGAUUCGCGAGCUGGUCUACGUCGUCAAGGUUACCGAAGUCACCAUCAGCCAGCGUCUCUCGGAAUUUGGCUCGACUGAGAGUGCUGAGCUGACGGUGGAUCAAUUCCGCUCUGUUCAACUGGAGAAUGCCCACGACCCACCCUCCUUCACGCGCGGCCGAGAAGACCAAAAGUCAAUACGAGCGAUGACGAGAUACCCCGAGACUGCAGCAGAGAUUGAAGGCGAAGGCGAAGCUGCGGAGGAAAACGAUACAGAGUCAUUACAAGUGCCGCGAUAUGACGCUGACGGUUUCGCAAUUCCGAACAUUCCAAUCGAUCCAGCCCUGCUGGAGAACCCUCAGCGACGAGCAUCAGUAGCGAGGGCCGUCAACGAAGCCGUCGAGGAUGCAGUGAGAGAAAGUAAGGAUGCUCCCGAAGGAAAGAUCAAGGGACCUCGAGGUCAUCUCUACCCGGCACCAUCAGCCGAUCAAGUCGCUUCUGAGAAUGCCCUAGAAAAAGAAAUUCAAAACAUGCUGGCCAAAGGGUCCGAUAUGGUAGAGAGUCUCAGUGGGAAACUACGACCUGUCAGCACGGUCUCGGACAACGUCGAUAUUGACGAGGCAGAGUUCGCAGACGACCCCGAGGUUGUCAACUGUCUCCUCGCCAGUGAGGAAAUUGAAUUGAAGGAGCAGAUCUGGGUUCACGAGAACAAGGAGUACCUGCGUGCGCAACAGGCCAAAGCCUUGAAGCGCGCUCUCGCGGAAGCCACUGCCGGUCCAUCCAAGAUCAAGCCUCGAAAACGGCGCAAGGGUCGUCUCGGCGACGUUGCCUACCUUGAAGGCGAUGGUGAAGAUGGGCGCAGCUCCCGCGCCUCGACUCCAGCCGAAGCCACGCGGCGGAUGUUGGAGAAGCGAGGGUACAGUAAGAAGAUUAAUUAUUCGCUUCUCGACGAUCUGUACGACCAGGACGGCCCCAGCGAUAGCGUGGCAAAGGUUGAGUCUUUGAGUCGGACAGAAAUUCGCAGUCGCAGUCGCAGCCGCAGUGUGGUCUCACGGCGCAGCGCUAGUGUUCAGCCUGAGCCAUCCCGCCGAAAGGUCCGGGCGUCUCCCGUCCCUGUACCUUCGUCUGUCAUCAACAGCAAGCCCGUGAUUUCGGCGGCCUACGGGCAACCCACCCCACCGCCCACCGCGCCACCUGUCGCCGUGCUCAAUACUCCCCCGGCCACGGCACCGCUCGAUGCGGUGGGCAAGCGAGAGCAGCCUCUCGAAGCAAAUGCGGAUCCGGAUGACCUCGAUGACGAGGAUGAAGAAGUUGAAGACGAUCAUGUCGACGAUGCCUUUGCCGGCCAAUAUCAACAAAACGACGAAGAUGACUAUGGGGAUGAUUACUACGACGCUGGCAGCGACUACGACUACGACUGA